UAUAGACUUGUGAUUAUUCAUUAAAACGAUGGAUGAUAUUUGAAUCUCAAAUCCAAAGCUCCGUCUUUCUUGACCAUAACGCCAGUGAAUCAAUUUAAUCGCGAAACAUUGAUUUACAAAAUCUUAUAAUAUUUGUCAGUACUUUGUUUUGGAAAUGAUGUUCAUAAAUAAAUAACUCAUUAGGUUAUACGAAGUACGAGUAUGUAUUAUUCCUUGCGUCCCCAUAUUUUUAUCUCAUUUUUUCUUUUCACCUCUGUCUCACUAAUCUUUUCUUAUAGGGAGUAUCAUAUUUAAUAAAGUUUGAAUGUUUAUUUCAUUCUUAUUUUAUUUAUUAGACUUUACUACUUUAAUAAGGAGUACUAUCUAUCACCUACACCAUUUUAUUUUUCCUAAUAAACACUCCACUUUUUGUGUCCGGAUAUUAGGGAACGAAGGUAAUAUUAAAUUAGAAAACAUAACAAAUAUGAAGAAAGGGAACUUUUCACUCUAGCGCCACCGCCUAGGUUGGCCUAGGGUUUUGUCCGGCGGCGGGCUUCUUGGCUUGCCACCGCGUUUUUAUUAGUUAGAUUUCGGCAAAGACAAAGGGUUGGAGCAAGAUUUCGGCUUCGGCAGUUCGGAUACAUUCGGUAUCGGCGUUGGCUUCGGCGGAUUCUCUGCGGCGGCUUUGAGCGGUGCGUGGAACGAAUGGAAGAGGUGAUGCACCAGUACAAGAGGACGGUAUUAGGGGAAGAAAACUCCAACUUGAAUUUUGAUGAUAAGAAGGAUGGAGAGAUGUUUUCAACCGAGAAGGGAGCUGAAUUUCUGGUAAUGGGAGUUGUCUUCACAGAUGGGAAAGAAGUUACAGUACUGCCGGAUCGUCCCCCUCCUGAACCGCCGCCGUGGAGGACAGGAGAGGCUAGGGUUUGGAUUUUCUGGCGGCAACGGAAGUAUUUUUUAUUUUGUUUUGCUUGUUUUUUCAGUGAUUGUUAUUUCUGUAUUGGUGUUUGUUUUUUCUUUUAUGUUCCAGUUUGUAAGACGUUGAUUUUGGAUAUGGGGGAUGAGAAGAAUUUGGUAACCGUGUUAGGCUUUUUAUUUCCUGGUUAUGAAUCAGCGAAUUAUAUUGCUACGGCGAUUAAUUCCAAGUCUGGUUCGAGGGAUGACAGUUAUCAGUUUUCUUUUUGUCCGUUGACUCAUACUCUAAACAGGUUAUUUAUCUAAGCCGAAUUCUGUAAAAAACAAAUAUGAAGAAAA